ACCAUGAUAAUUGCACGUAUUUGGGUCCUCGUGAACUACGAAUGGGUAUUUCCAGUCGGGCCAUAAUAUGGUUCCUUCACACUCCCACACUCUGCUGUCAGAAUCAAAGGGUUUUUUAUUGAUUCAUCUACCGAAUCCAACUGCUCGAAGCUUUAUUCUCUCCUCUCUCUCUUCUUUUGGAGGGAGAACAAGAAAACCCGGCAACCAUCUUUCGCUGCAGAUCACAAUGGAGGAAAGUAUGAGCAGCCCGGCUGAAGUAAAUAGCAUUGCUUACUUGAACAAGAAAAGAAAAUUGCAAGCUGAACUGCAAGAAAUGCCUCUGCCGAAGCAUGUUUGUUGGGGCCAUAGCCUGGAAUCUGAUUCUUUGCUGGCUUCCAGCACAGAACCGAAGAAGGUACAAAGCAACAAUGUUGUGAGAGGAGGUGAAUCUGAUACGGAAUCUGCAAGAGACAGCAAUAGCUUUCACUGCAAUGAGGACUCCAUCAUGUCUAUUGAUUAUGAAUCUAAAACCGAAACUGAAUGUCCAGAAACAUCUGCUGCAUCAUAUGAGCGUACUUCUUCAUCUGUUAGUUGGGCCGACAGCACUUCUGAAAUCAGUCUCUACUCUUCAAAAAGCACGUCAUUGACAAAGUCAUGUUGCAGUGAACCAGAGUCGUUAUCGGUAACUAAACAACUCGAUCGUCCUGACUCUGAGUAUGAAUUGGAUCCGUCUUUGAACUAUGAUUGCUCAGAAUACAGAAAUGAGGGCAUUGAGCAUUGUACAGAGAAGGAACUUGAGAAUCUCUUAUACUCGAAUGGGGUGGCUCCUGGUAAUUACGUUCUUUCUUCUGGAAGGUGGUCUGUUAAUCAAGAUACUCAACAGGAAGGCAAGAAACUAACAAUUGACAAGGAGUUUGAGCAGUACUUUGCUAUGCUUAUGUUGUAGCCAACUAUAAUUGCUACAGUUGACCCUGCAGGGAAAAUUCUUAUGUGAACCAAUUUCGGCUCGAUCCAAACCACUUUUCUUGAGUUGCACGUCAAUCACACACUGUAAGUAUAUUACAGUUACCAUAUAGUUGGUUCAGAUCUGGCCAAAAUCUGGUGCAAUUUAGAAGUUAAUGCAGAUACUUAAUAUAGAUUCACUAUAUGCUCUCUCUCUCUCUCUCUUCAUUAUGUAUGAUAGAAUGUACAUAUUGGAUUAUGGAAUGGAUUGUCGAAAUUAAGUUGGUU